AGCCAGCCCAGUGACAGGAGCCGGGCGGCGGACGCGGCUCGUGCCCGUUUCCCCCGCCCCCUCCCUUCCCCCUCUCCCGCCGCCUCAGCCCCGCCGUCGCCGCCGCCAUGUCCCAGAGACAGGAGGCCGAGAACGUCUCUGAGGAGGCCGGCGAGGAGAAGCAGGACUCGCAGGAGAAGGAGGGCGUCCUGCCCGAGAGAGCCGAGGAGGCGAAGCUGAAGGCCAAGUACCCCGGCCUGGGCCAGAAGCCCGGGGGCUCCGACUUCCUCAUGAAGAGGCUGCAGAAAGGGCAAAAGUACUUCGACUCGGGCGACUACAACAUGGCCAAGGCCAAGAUGAAGAACAAGCAGCUGCCGAGCCCCGGGCCCGAUCAGAACCUGGUGACGGGGGACCACAUCCCCACCCCCCAGGACCUGCCCCAGAGAAAGUCCUCGCUCGUCACCAGCAAGCUCGCGGGCAGCCAAGUUGAGUGACGCUCCUCGGGGCUCCCGCCAGACUCAGACGCUCGCUGCCCUUGCCCCCCGGCCGGCCCCGGCCCCCGCCCCGGCAGUCGGGGGUCGGGGGAGGCUCGGGCUGGGGGUCUCCGCCGGGGCGGCGGUCCCCGCCGACGGCGUCCCAGCGCACAGAGCCCCCACCGAGACCCCGACUUGUCGAUUGGCUCCCAACCCCGCCCCUUGGCGAACUCUCUGGGCCGUCCUGGGCGGGCGUGGGGGUGCCGGGGGUUGGGGGGAGCCGGACACCGUGGCCGGUGGAGACCCCCAACCACUCCGGGACGCUGAGGCCGGUGGCGGGGGGAGCCCCGGCUCCGGGCCGCGGCAGGACCAACGGGACGGUCCAGGCGUCCGGGCUACGUGUCCGCCGGGAGUCAGCGGGGGCGGGGAGGGGGCCGCUCCCCCCGCACCGGGGACCCUCGGAGCCCGGUGGGACUUUUUCAGUAUUUGAAAUAAAAAAGAAAAAAUCCACAAGG